AUGGAUGCAUACCAGAAAAGGUCAACUUUGACCAAACUGUUUCCCAUGUCACCUCAUAUUGUCCUGACAGGAAUGGAAUAUCAAGCACAAGAGCCAAAGACUGCCACAAAAGGCGAAAGCUACGAUGCCUAUUUCGAGAUCGUACAAAGCCGAAAAAAGCUGCCCCACAAUCUACAGGAGUCCCUAACUGCCUCUUUUGCCAGAAUUCCGGUUUCGUCCUUCCCUAAAGUCGCCGGCGGUAAAGUUAUUGAAAUUUAUGCCGACACGUUGAUAAUCAACGCCGUGAAAAUACUGUCGGAGUCGAACAUACUCUCGGCCCCGGUGGUGGACCCCGACGCUCGGGACAGCAUGGACUGGCGGAGGAGGUAUCUCGGGAUAGUCGACUACUCGGCCAUCAUCCUUUGGGUACUGCAGAACGCGAUGGGGAAGGACGCCCCGACCGCGGCCGGGGAGCUUGGCGAGGAUUUCUACAAGGUCAUGCUUCACGAGGAGCCCUUUAAGUCGGCCACGGUGAGGUCGAUCUUAAAAUCUUAUCGGUGGGCCCCAUUCGUGCCUGUGGCUCCCGACAGCUCAAUGCUGAGCGUCAUGUUACUGCUGUCAAAGUACAGGUUACGUAACGUGCCAGUGAUCCAAACGGGUCGCCCGACAAUCGAGAACUUCAUAACUCAAUCGGCCGUUGUGCUUGGCCUUCAGGGAUGUAAAGGCAGGGAUUGGUUCGACUGCAUUUCGCACCACUCGUUAGCCGAGCUCGGGCUGCCCUUUAUGUCUCCUGAUCAGGUUGUGGGGGUUAGGGACGACGAGUUAAUUCUUGAAGCGUUCAAGAAAAUGAAAGAGAGGGAAAUUGGAGGGCUUCCGGUUAUGGAAGGUGAGUCAAGGAAAAUCGUGGGCAACAUAAGCAUAAGGGAUAUUAGGUUCUUGAUGCUCAAACCCGAGCUCUUCUCGAAUUUCAGGGGAGUUACGGUGAAGGACUUCAUACAGAUGGUUAGCUUGGCAACAAACGACCCAGGGAGGACAGUAACACCGAUAACGUGCAAUCCCGAGUCGACACUUGGCAGCGUGAUAGACACUCUUGCUUCCAGAGGGGUCCACAGGAUCUACGUGGUCCGCGACACGGGCAACGAGGUUCUUGGCGUGAUCACACUCAGGGACGUCAUCUCGUGCUUCAUAAACGAGCCCAAAAACUACUUUGACGACUAUUUCGGCUUCUCAGCUCAAGAGAUACUGAGCCAGUGAUCUGUUGCUUUGAAAUAAAGACAUAAGGAUAAAUUUUCCUUUUUCUGUUUUGUUCUGUUUUUUUGCUUUGCUGUUGCUUUUGAAAUGAAGGAAAAUUAUAUAUGUUUCAACCAGGUGACUAUCUUGGAUUAGUUUUUGAGUUUUUUGUGGGAAUUAAAUCACUUUUAUAUAUGAAACUUGUUUGUUGAUUGAUA